ACUCGUUUGCAGCUAAACCUCCCCGUAAUAUUCCUCCGUAAACCAAAAAAACAAAAAAAUGUUCGGCUCAGCUAGUUUGGAGCCCACCCUCCCAGUAUUCCUCCGUAAACAAGUGUGGGGGAGGAGGGAGAGAGAGGGGGAGUGCUCACUCUGGGUGAGAGAGAUGGCGAACAAGGUCCUCAGUGAGAUGGGUCUGCCCAAAUCAAUUACCAACAUCUUCACAGCUCGUAACUUGUUAACUGCCAAGGAUGUGUUGUCGUUAACUGAAUUUGAGUUGAUGGAGUUGUUAGAUGUCGGGUUUGCAGAAGUUACAACUGCAGUUGCACAAGUCAGUGAAAUUUCAAGCCCACCUUAUCAAACUGCACUAUCAUUACUGGAGCAGUGCAUCCAAAAUGAAUACCUCUCUGGCCAUCUUCCCACACGUCUGAAAGGAUUAGAUGAGGUCUUAUGUGGUGGAAUACCCUUUGGUGUUUUGACAGAGUUAGUUGGUCCUGCAGGAAUUGGCAAAACACAGUUUUGCAUGAAGCUUUCAUUACUUGCUUCAUUGCCUACGAAGUUUGGAGGUUUAGAGGGCCGUGUAAUUUAUGUUGACGUGGAGUCCAAAUUUAGUUCAAGAAGGAUGAUAGAAAUUGGAGUUAGUAGUUUCCCAGAUAUAUUUCACAUGGAAGGAAUGGCACAAGAGAUGGCUGGUAGGAUCCUAGUUUUGCAGCCGUCAUCACUGGCUGAAUUUACUGAAAGCUUGCAGCAAAUCAAGGUUUCGCUCCUCCAGCACCAAGUGAAGUUGCUUGUCAUUGAUAGCAUGACAGCUGUUGUUUCAGGGGAAUUUGAGCAAGGACCUCCGAGACAACAUUCAUUGGGUUGGCAUAUUUCGUUUAUCAAGUCUCUUGCAGAAUUUUCACGAAUUCCCGUAGUGGUGACUAACCAAGUUAGAUCUCAAUGCAGUGAUGAAAUCUCCCAGUACGCUUUCCAAGUGCAGAGCAGGGAUGACACCAUAGAGGAAUCCGCAAGAUUUGAUUCUCAUCUUGUUCCAGCUUUAGGGAUUCACUGGUCUCAUGCUGUCACUAUUCGCCUUGUGCUGGAAGCUAAAUCAGGUGAGAGGUUUAUGAAGGUGGCAAAAUCUCCAAUAUCUCCUCCUCUGGUAUUCCCUUUCAACAUAACUUCAUCCGGGAUUUCAUUGCUCACUGAUGUUGGAGUAGAGAUGAUAGGACCACAAAUAAAUGCAAUACAAAAUCAAGGCCACAGUGACGUCAUUAAUUUCCUCAGCGAAAGGUUACCAUGAUCAGUCAGCAUGAAAACGUCAGCAGGCAAUAUGCAGGCACGCGAACUUGACUUCACAUCCACAGCAUUCUUUCACUUGGAGUUCCUCUUUUUGUAUUUCUAAUUGACUUUGUGUGAAAAGAGUUUUUGUUUUGUUAUUUCUAGUCAAAAUGAUAUCUUCUGUGUAAAUUAUUCCCCCAGUUGUCACCUUCAUCUCGUGGUAACUCUUAUUGUUGUUAGGUCCCUGGUCAAUGAUUUUAUGAAGAUGGCUCCAUGUAUUUAAACUUAAUAA